UACGGAAGCAGCUUGAGUUAAUUAAUGCGAAAGUGAAAGUAAUGUGACAAAAAAAAGUAUGGCUUGUUCUUAUCAUAAACCAUGCAAGUCUUUUCUAAAGGAAAUCCAAUCUGAAAUCCAGGAAACUACAUCAAAUGAAUCUAUCAAAGAUUUGCUGACUGUAAAUAAUGACAUUCUUUUAUAUUGGUCUGAAAUUCAAAAAUGCAUUUAUUCAAUAAGUGUUUCAAAAUUUAUGCAGGAAUUGACAAAUAAACUUGGUGAUGACGAGUACCAGGUUUUACGAACAUCUCAUUCACCACUGUUUGACGUUUCUUCAAUAAAAUGUAGCAUUACUGGCUAUCAUGCAUUAGUUUAUGGAGAACAUGGUAUUGGUUUGAUUGAGUUACCGCGAAAGUGGGGUGAAGCUGGAAACUAUGAAGGAGGGAAAGCUGUCAUCCAUUGCAAAAUGUCUUUAGUGGAUGAGUCUUAUUACGUACACCAUUCGUCUUUGAAAAUAAUUCAAUGUCAUUGGUACAGUGGAAGUCCAAAUGAUGGUCAUAUUGUGGUAUUGACUAAUGACAAUAGCAUAAGAUUUUAUGAUACUUCUUAUCCUGAACAACCAAUUUUGAGAAUUUCCUUGUUUAAUAUAGCUGGAAAUCCAAAUAAAUCGUGUGGUAGUUUUGCAACUGCUUGCGGUGAUGCAGCUGUCGACUUUGAUAUUGCUCUUCCAAAAAUUGACAAAAAAGGAAAUGAAGUAUAUCCUAUAUAUGUCAUGCAAGAGAGUGGAGAUGUGUGGGUACUGAAUUGCAAGUUUACACAAAACAGGUUGCAAGUUGAACAUGAAGGUCCACUAAUUAUGAAUCCUCCUUCUCAAGAUAACUAUGGUUGUGACUAUAGCAGUUUACUUUGUAUGGAAACAGUACCAACUACUAUCAUGAUAGCAUCAAAAAAUGGCGUUAUUCAUCAUUGUCUAGUUCUUGAAGAUACCAAUGAUAAUAUACAAAAUGAUGGUGCAAAAGAUGAUCUUGAUGAAAUAUUUGUACGCAGCUCUGAUGCAUUGUUUGUGUAUGAAUCUGUACAACUUGAUCUUACAUUGGUACCUUCACCUGACUUAGAAAAUGAGUCAAAAGUCUCAGAUUUUUUGCUUAAAAAAGAUAAGAAUCAAACUGGUAAUUAUAUAGCUUUGAGUAAUGGAGGUGUUCAUUUUAUUAACUUACCUUGGAUAGAUGACAUAAGUGCAAUGGUUGAAAAUGAUUUGAACUGUGAAGAGGUUUUAUUUGAGACACCUGCAGAAGUUUCUUAUCUUCUUUGCACACAACCGUCUAUAAACAGUUUGUGUUCUGCUAUUAAUGGAUGUGUAUUAGCAAAUGAAAAUAUUUUGUGUCUUCUUCACUCUGGUGAAUUUACAAAACUUUCAAUUCCAAAAUCUAGUCCACAUAUAUUAGAGUCGAAGAAUUUUAAUACAAGUGUUUGUAAAUUUAAUUCACCUCUACGUCAGCUGCGUGGUCUUGGUUCUUUUGAUACUCAUAUUGCCAAGAUACUUAAAAGAAAUUCUUCACUUCCAUUAAUAAGAUCAGGUGAGGGUAAUAGAACACUGCCUGCAGAUGAGUACUAUAGAUUGCUGACAGCAACUACCCAGAUUCUCCGAGAGGAAUACUUACAAAAAAUGAUUCAUGCAAAAAUUGAACUUGAAAAAAGAGUAAAAAUAUUAUCCGUAAAAAAAGAGGAACAGAUUGCUGAGAUUGAUACUUUACAAAACUUAGACUUGGAUGAAGUUUGUGAAAACCUUGCAGUUAAACUAGAAUCUGCACAAGAAAAAAUGGGAAGAAUAGUUGACAGGUUGGAUAUUGUUCUUCGUAGCAUAAGAACAUCAGCUCCUGUUCUUUCUAAUGAAGAAAAAGAAUGGAAUUCAGAACUCAAACAGACAAAUGAAAAACUUUGCAAAUUGAGAAGAAUGGUGGAAGUGGUAAAAAGCAAACAUGAAAAUAUAAUUUUACAGGCCGUCCCGAUUACUCCUACAAGAAUGCAAAAAUUAGAAUCGCAGAAUAGCUUGUCAGCAUCACAAUUAAUAAAAGUGCAUCGCGUGCUGAAGGAACAGGAGAUAAAUAUUGGUAAUCUUAUUGAAGAAACGAAAUCUCUUUCACUGAAGCUAGCGAAAAACUAAAGGAAAUUUUAUAAACGUUUUUCUUUUCAUUAGUGUUUAUGAAAAAGCAUCGUGAUUCAUUAACGGAAUUGAACAUUCAUCUUAAAAUGACAGACUGAAAAAAUAUUUUUUUUAUUUGAAUUGUCGAAAAUUCUAGUUUUAAAGGCUGGUAAUAAAGUUUAUUCAGAAGGAGAUCUUAGAAAAGGCCAUUAAAUUAUAAAUUUGUCUCAAAGCAUAAUGUUUUGCUGAACAUUGUUUAUUUGAACAGAACGCUAUAUAGUUAUUUCAAUAAAAUAAAUUAAAUAAUA